CAGCUCUCGGCUGUGGUAAUGGAGGGCAGAGUGAGCCGGGGCAGAGGAGGCAGCUGGAGGAGAGGCGGCCGGGGGGGAACCGACGGCGAAAGUGUUCGCGGUGACCACCGAGGCCGCGGGAGAGGAGGGCAGCACCGCGGCCGGGGCAGGCGGGACCACUACCGGGGCCGCGGACGCGGCCACGCACCCGGCUUCCCUCCGCGGGACACUCCCGUGUUUCAGGACGAAGAUGAUGAGGGUCAACCUGAGGAGGAAGAUGCCAGGAUGGCGGUGUUCUCCAGGAGGAAGCUGGAGUCAAACUGGGACCGGUACAAGGAUUCAGAGAAAGCGGAGCAAGAUGAUGACACGCCUACUCAGAGAGGAGCGGACUACCACGUGAUGCUGGGGUCGGCAGGGGAUUCGUUCACGCAGUUCCGCUUUGCAGAGGAGAAGGACUGGGAGAUGGACCCGCUGACGGCCUGCCAGAUGUCAGCGGUGUGUGUCGACCUCCCGGCUCUCGCCCAGAUACUUCAGGAGCUGCCGCUGCACCAGAGACUCGGCCUGGAGGCCGAGCUGCUUCAGGUGUCGACACCGGUGGAGCUGCCGGCGGUUACCGUGGUUCCCAAACAGGAAACGCCCAAAACAUCCAAGUUCACUCCUCUGCCUCCACCGCCGCCGCCGGCGGCCUGUAAAAGAGUCGAGGCCUCGGCGGCCGCGGUGCCGGACCUGGACCCGCAGGUUUCUCACGUUCCUGCCGAGUCUGCGGUGGACGACGGCGAUGAAGAGCUGGACCAGCUGCUCGGCCUACAGAAACCAGACUCGGGGGCUGCAGAGCAGCCGCUCGGCGGGGGAUGUGAGGAGAACGCUGCUCCAGAGACGAGUGAGGAGAACGCUGCUCCAGAGACGAGUGAGGAGAACGCUGCUCCAGAGACGAGUGAGGAGAACGCUGCUCCAGAGACGAGUGAGGAGAACGCUGCUCCAGAGACGGUGUCUGAAGUGAAGGUGGAACCGGAGGAGAAGGAGGAGGUGAAGGAAGAGGCUCCCCCUGAGUGUGCGAGCAGCAAGGAGGAGAUGACGGAGGAGGAUCUGGAGGACUGGCUGGACAGCAUGAUCUCCUGACCGCCAGCAGCUCCAGGAAUAUGAAGAAAACUGAACAUUUCAAGUUCCAUCUGCUAACAGUAAUGUUUCAGAGGUGAAGGACAAGCGUGUUGUUGCUGCUUCGCUUCACGCCGGCCUCCCUUCCUGGUUGAGGGUCAGGGUUUAGAGAGACGGUGAGUUUCAGGUGAACACGGGACAUCCUGGACGUCGGGGAGAAAAACGUGUGAAAGGAGAGAGAAGCUUGUUCUCUGUUCUCUCCACCAGGACUGACGGACGGAGAAAAAGGCCACACAUGACACACGCUCGGUUUGAUGCGUCAAUUACUUUAUUCAUUUCCUCCUCAUCAAAAUAAAUGCGGUUUAUCAAAGCUACUACAUACGUACAAACUGUAGCAGAGAACCAUUCUGUCAAUAAAUCCAAGUUUGUCA